AUGGAUCGAAAAAUGAAUCUCAAUGACCAAUCAUACGGGAUACAUUAUGAACGCUCCGUUUCCACACAAACCGGAUCAACAGCAGCAAUUUUUGAGCAGCUGUUCAAUGACCGUAAUGACGACGACUGCAGUAAUAAUGGAGACAGUCCUGGCUUUGGAUCUGAUCAAACUGUUUUAGCAGAAGACCUGCAGUUCAAAGCAAGAACUGUUUCUGACAGGUACAAAAUCUUUCCAGUUUUAAGACACGCACAAAUUUUAAGUAGUACCGCAUUCACCUUGAAACGAGAGGCGUUCCUUCAACAAAGCAUCAGAUCCCAUGCAUCCCAAUCACCGCAGUUUUACUUUUCGUUUUAA